AUGACAAACAAGGAUGAACAAGUACAACUAGCGAAAUUAGCUGAACAAGCUGAACGAUAUCCUGAUAUGGUAGUUGCUAUGAAAAAAGUUGUUGAAUUGAAUGAUGAAUUGACGACUGAAGAACGCAAUUUGCUCUCAAUUGCCUACAAAUAUGCAGUUGGCGCUUGUCGAUUACCUUGGCGAACUAUAUCUAGCAUUGAACAGAAAGGCGGUGGUACCGAACAUCAACGAGAAAUGGCUAAGAAAUAUCGAGAAAAGAUUGAAAAUGAACUGAAAGAUACAUGUCAAGAGCUUUUUAUGUUACUUGAUAAAUAUCUCAUUCCAAAAGCUACAACUGCUGAAUCAAAGAUAGUCUAUUUGAAGAUGAAAGGUGAUUAUUAUCGAUAUUUAGCUGAAGCUACUACUGGCAGUGAACAACAAAAAUUUGCUGGAGAAUCGGAAAUUGCCUAUAAGGAUGCUUUUGAUAUGGCUAAAAAUCAAAUGCCAGUAACACAUCCAAUUCGACUUGGUCUUGUUCUAAAUUUCUCCGUUUUUUACUAUGAAAUUCUCAAUGAUACAGAUACUGCUUGUCGUAUGGCUAAACAGGCCUUCGACGAUGCUUUAGCCGAAUUAGAUUCCAUUGGUGAAGAUUCUUAUAGAGACAGCACUAUAAUUAUGCAAUUACUUCGAGAUAAUCUCACUGUAUGGACUAAUAAUCCAUCUGAUGCCAACGAUGUGAAUCAAUCGGAAGAACAAUAA